AAUUUGAUAUUCACAGAUCCGAAGAGUAACACAGUUGUCAGAGUAUUAUUUUGCUUUUAGUUAUCAGUUACCAUCAAUAAUUAAUUAUCGUGAUCGUGAUUACAAAUUAAAUAUUACGUCGAUAAUAUUCCGUAAUAUUUCUUUAAUAUAUUUGUGGAGAAACUUAAGUGACAAACGGUGUAAUUGAAAAAAAUGUUAUAAAUAAUAUUAUUUAAUUGUACUUUCAACUUUCUGAUAACGAUGGAAGUCUCGUGAGUCGUUGCAAUACCUUACAAACUACUCAAGUAAAUUAACAAAUAAUAUGUCGUCUGGAUAAUAUUACUUUGGAAAGUGAAACUUCAAGACGCCACAAUGCACAUGUGGAUGUGGUCCGGGUACAACCUGGGCGAGUUCCUGUUCUCGGGUCUCGUCAUAGACACGCGGUGGGCCUUCGGUCUCACAUGGAUUGUGCUGUUCUUCGUCGCGGUGCUCUUUGAAGGCUCUAAGGUAUAUUUAGCACAAGUACAACGCGAAGCACACAAUAAACUAUACCCAUACAGAUCCGACGAGAGGAGGACCUUAUUAUGCGACAGGGAGCAGGGCAACCUCAUGGAGCCUACGACGAGUCGCAACGCCAGCACCGGCCAGGUCAGCCGCUGGGCAUCGUUCAGGGUCAGGACCCUGGUGAACUCUCAUCAGUCCCUGGUGUUCCUGGCACACAACGUGGUCGGCUACCUGCUGAUGCUGGCGGUAAUGUUGUACAACGUUCACUUGCUGCUCGCCGUCGUCUUCGGAAUGAUGCUCGGCUAUUUCUUAUUCGGGACCAAGUUGACGCGGCUGCAGAUGCAGUGCUUCAGGACAAAACGCGUCGUCAUAUGUACGCCGGAAUGCGAUGACACUGCUGACAACACUACCCCACCGCACCUUGAAUCUGGCUCGGAGACGGAUAUGUUCAUCUGUCAGACUCGCACGUGUAUUCAGCCCUCACACUAUUUCCCGUCGAGCUCAAGCGAGCAACCAACUUGCUACUACGGCGCCGCUGCCUGUCCAUCCAGAGUUGCCAGAGCGAAAAAAAUGCAAGCCACGCCCGGUACGUCCCACUGCCAUCACGCGGAGAGCGAGAAGGAAGAUACCCCGAGUGUAGAAGACGUUCAAUUGCUACGAACAGAACGCCAGGGUUGCUGCAAGAAGAAACAGGAACCACCACCCGAGGUAACCUGUUGUAAGUCUACGCAAGAUGUAGUCGUCCACGAGCCAGAUGAAGAGUCUAUCGGGAAUGAAACAAGAGAAUCACAAGAGAGAGAGGAUAGUCCUCAAGUCACAUGUUGUCACAACACUAAAACGCCGUCCGAAAGCCAAGAACAAAUAAUGUAGUCAUAGAAAUAUAAUCGAAAAGUAUUUAAAAAAAUGCGUAAUGUAGAUUGUAAUUACGUAAUUAUUCAUAUAUUUUAUUUACAUAUCAUAAAUUAGAAUUUUAAAUAUUGUUAUCUAAUCGAAUUUAUUUUUAAUUGCCUUAUUAAAUAGGUGCUACGUUAUAGGAUGCUACUGCCAUAGUAUUUUUUUUAAUUAACAUAAAUUGACAAUAUUUAAAGGUUUAGAUAAUUUGAGAGAGAGAUAUACUUCCUAAAAGCAGACUAAGUCUAGAUUAAAAUUUUAAUUAAGUAGGCAACUACAAUACUGUCAGUGUGACUCGUGGAGCUUUGAAACAAAUACGCCUUUUUGUAUAUAACUUUAAAAUCAACUAUUUAGUAAAUAACAUUGUUGAGACUGUAUGUUCGCAAAUUUGUUAUAAUUUUGUUUAUAAAGUAUUAUAUAUUUUAUACGUAUUUCUAUGAAGAGCUAUAAUUAUACAAAGUGACAUCGCUGUUUUUCACAUAAAAUGUGCCUUGUCUUGCCAAUUGCCAAAUUAUUCUAAAUUGUUGAGUAACUGUUUUUGUAUAUUAUGUUCUGUAGAUAUAUUUGUUUCUUAGAGGAAUGAAAUUUGUUGCAAUAAAAAUGACAAUAUUUUUUAUCACGUUUUUUUUACUACGUCACACGUUAAGCGUCGUAUUUUGCAAACGCAAAGUUCAUAAGUUCGAAUCUGAUGAAAUGGGCAAAUGAGUGUUACAUUCAUCAAUCGCAAUUGAUGAAUCUACUCUGAUUACCUCGUCUACAUCAGUCGUGAUCAUAUUUUGUCCCAGAGAAAUCCAGCUU